AUGGUUGGAUUGUUGGAGCAGGCUUUUCUAGUAGGGAAGGACUUCGGAGCUCUUCCGGCAUUCCAGGUAGCCGUGGUCCACCCUGAAAGGGUGUCUGGUGUCAUAAUACUGGGUGUCCCUUUCACUCCACCAGGUGCAUUUGCCAUCCAAAUGCAACUCCUUCCCAAAGGCUUCUAUGUUCAGAGAAGUGAGCUCCAAGUAGCCAGUGAUGACAAGGAGAUCAUGGACUUUGUUGAUCCAUCUACCCCUCUACCGGUAUGGUUCACCGAGGAGGACCUCAAAGUCUACUCAAGUCUAUACGAGAAUUCCGGGUUCCAUACAGAUUGCGGUGUGAAGGAUCCGAAAAUUACAGCUCCAGGGCUGCUAAUCGUGGGUGAAAAGGACUAUGUUCUAAAAUCCCCACGGAUGGAGGAAUACAUUAAAAGCGAGAAAGUCAAGGAGUUUAUGCCCAAUUUGGAGAUCAUGGCAGUUGGGUGA